GAGAGGAGGAGGGCAAACGCGUAAUUAUAAGGAGAAAUUGGGUUCUUGACGACGCGGUCAUAAUGGGGGCUCCAAUCAACGACUCCUCUAAUUUGGUAUCUUUCUCAUAACGACGCCGUCUAGCUCCUUUUUCAUUCUUCAUCCUUGAUCCUUCAUCAUUCAGUUCUCUUUCUUCUUUCUAUCGUCUCUUUUCAAUUGUCUUUCCUUGUUUCUUAGUCUUCUGUCGAAAUCUCAAAACCUUCUUUUUCUUCCCUUUCUUUCGUACGUUGUUUAAGCCUCAUAUCAUAUCCGUUAUCCCAAGGAUAUUUGCAAAGAAAAGAAGAAAAAAAAAAGAAGAAAGCCUAUUUUCUGUUUUCAAAUUUACAGAGCAUUCAUUCAGAUGGGAAGCUGCGUCUCUAAGGAUACAGGAGACGAUGAUUCAGUCCACAACGUUGAUUUCUCCGGUGGCAACGUUCAUCUUAUCACAACAAAAGAGAGCUGGGAUGAGAAAUUAGCUGAAGCUGGUCGUGAUGGCAAAAUUGUGAUUGCAAACUUCAGCGCGACUUGGUGUGGUCCUUGUAAGAUCGUGGCACCGUUUUACGUCGAGCUCUCUGAGAAACAUCCUUCUCUUAUGUUCCUUCUCGUAGAUGUUGAUGAACUCAGCGAUUUUAGCUCAACAUGGGACAUAAAGGCAACACCAACCUUCUUCUUCCUCAAGAACGGAGAGCAAAUAGGCAAGCUUGUCGGUGCAAACAAGCCUGAGCUACAGAAGAAGGUUACUUCUAUCAUCGACUCUGUCCCUGAAAGUCCACAGCGGCCUUGAUGCCCCCAAGAAGGAGUCAACUGUGGAGUGUAUCAAAAACUCUGUUCUAUGAUGUAUGUAAAAUGCACAAGUUUUUUUGUUUUAUAAAAAAAUGUCAUGAAAACAUUUGAGUUAGAUCUUCUUGUUUCUAUAAUAUGCAAAACUUUUCAUUCUCAUAA